AUGUUGUUGAUUACCGCUCUGUUCUGCGUUCUGGGCUCAGGCCUGGCAGUUGCUCAGAAGACUUGUCCUGGCUAUCGCGCUAGCAAUGUCCAGCAGACCUCGAAUAGCCUCACUGCUAAUCUCAAUCUUGCAGGACCGGCCUGUAACAUUUAUGGCACAGACCUGCGGAAUUUGACACUCACGGUGGAGUAUCAGUCUGCUUCGAGACUGCAUGUCAUUAUCCAGGAUUUGAAUCAGACUGUCUACCAAGUUCCGGAGUCGGUCUUCCCACGACCCAGUGCGACUGAAGGAGUCGCUGCUGCCGAUUCUCAGCUUGUCUUCAACUACACUGAGAAUCCCUUCACCUUCUCUGUCUCUCGUCCCAGCGGAGAAGUGCUCUUCAACACCUCCGGAUCCGCCUUGGUAUUCGAGUCACAAUAUCUCAGACUUCGGACCUCUCUGCCCAGUCACCCAAAUCUUUACGGCCUCGGCGAGCACUCUGACCACUUCAGAUUGAAUACAUCUAAUUACACCAGGACUUUGUGGUCCCGCGAUGCCUAUGGUAUCCCCCAGGGUACGAACUUGUACGGAAAUCAUCCAGUCUACAUUGAUCACAGGGGAGCAAAAGGCACGCACGGCGUUCUCUUUCUAAACUCCAAUGGCAUGGACAUCAAAAUCAAUGACACUGCCGGUCAAUAUCUCGAGUACAACACACUUGGGGGAGUCCUCGACUUCUACUUUCUUGCAGGACCAUCACCUGUCGAGGUGUCGCAACAAAUCUCCGAAGUUGUUGGAAAGCCCGCGAUGAUGGCAUACUGGACGUUUGGGUACCAUAAUUGUAGAUACGGAUAUCGAGAUGUCUACGAGGUUGCUGAGGUUGUUCACAAUUAUAGCACUGCUGGUAUCCCGUUGGAGACUAUGUGGACUGACAUCGACUACAUGGAUGCUCGGAAAGUCUUUACAUUGGACCCGCAACGCUUCCCUCUAGCCAAGAUGCGCGAACUUGUCGCUUACCUUCAUGCCCACCAGCAACACUAUAUCGUCAUGGUCGACCCAGCUGUGGCGGCCCAGAGUUACUCGGCCUUCAACAACGGCAACUCUACGGACAUCUUCAUGAAGAGUACGGACGGCUCCAACUUUGUGGGCGUGGUCUGGCCAGGGCCAACUGUGUUCCCCGAUUGGUUCCACCCAGAGACUCAAGGCUACUGGAAUGAUGAGUUUGAAAAUUUCUUCAGUCCCGAAACAGGCGUCGACAUUUCCGGGCUCUGGAUCGACAUGAAUGAAGCUGCAAACUUCUGCAAUUACCCGUGCUCGGACCCAGCCGCGUUUGCGAAAGCCCAAGGAUUUCCUCCGAAGCCGCCACCAGUGAGAGACGGCCCUGCUGUGGCUUUGCCCGGUUUCCCAGCAGACUUCCAGCCACCGACUAAGCGACAGACCAUGGCCACAAGUAAUAAGACGGGUCUGCCAGGACGAAAGCUGAUCAAUCCACCUUACACGAUCCGGAAUGCCGCUGGGAGCCUGUCAAACAAGACACUUGACACUAACCUUGUCCACUACAAUGGUCUCGUCGAGUACGAUACACAUAAUCUCUACGGGACUAUGAUGUCUUCGGCUUCCCGGAAUGCUCUGCUCAAUCGCCGUCCGGGCGAGCGACCGCUGGUCAUCACACGAAGCACGUUCCUUGGCGCUGGUGCACAUGUCGGCCACUGGACUGGCGAUAACCAUGCAGACUGGAGUCAGUAUGAGAUCAGCAUUCCUGAUAUGUUGAAUUUUGCAAGCAUCUUCCAAGUGCCGAUGGUCGGUUCUGAUGUCUGCGGUUUCGGGGGAAACACUACCGAAAGACUUUGCGCCCGAUGGAUGAUGCUAGGAGCUUUCCAGACCUUCUAUCGGAACCACAAUGAACUCGGGAACAGGCCACAAGAGGCCUACCGCUGGCCGCUCACCACGCAAGCAGCGCGAAACGCAAUUGACAUCCGCUACCGUGCUCUGGACUACCUGUAUACGGCUUUCUAUGCUCAAAAUCAGACCGGCAAGCCUGUUUUGAACCCGCUGUUCUACAUCUACCCGAGGGAUCCGAAGACAUUUGGUAUCGACGCACAGUUCUUCUUCGGCGACUCACUUCUAGUGUCCCCUGUCCUAGCUGAAAACAAGACGUCUGUCCGUAUCUAUCUGCCCAACGACACAUUCUACGACUGGAACGCCGGCUUCGCCCCAGUGCAAGGCAAUGGCUCGAUGGUCAACUUGACCAACGUCAACUUUACGACCAUUCCGCUACACGUCCGCGGGGGUGCCAUCCUCCCCCUCCGCAUCGAAAGCGCGAACACGACAGCAAAGCUUCGAACCAAAGGAUUCAACCUCUUGAUCGCUCCGAGUCGGGACGGAUCCGCUAAUGGGUCCCUUUACCUUGACGAUGGCUUGUCUAUUGAGCAGACCAGCACCACGUUCAUCAACUUCACAUAUGCUGGUGGACACUUCUCUAUGUCCGGGGACUACAGCUACCCGGCGAAUGUCAGCAUCGAGAGAAUCACCGUGCUGAAUGUUGCUUCUGCCCCUCAGGGCAUCGUCAUUCCCGGCGCUCCCAUGUCGAACUUCACAUACAACAGAGCGAGCAAGGCGGUCAUCAUCAAUACGACUAUUCCUCUGACGCAGGAUGCUAGCUUUCAGUUGCCGUGA